UGCCUGAGGAAGAGUGUGGAAUGUUAAAGAAGGAACUCAGAGGACUAAAAGAAAGCUUGGUAUUUAGCCUCUGAGAUCAACGUGGGGCGUUUGAAGACAUUAAACACUUCCUGCUGGAUCACCAUGGUUGCCUCCCAAUGAUUGUCCCUGCCUCCAUUCUUCUCCUCCUGACCCAUGGCCGUAACUCAUGACAUUUUCACAAUACGAAUCCAGAUACCUUGAUUGCUUCUCAGUCUCUGAGGAGUCCCUGAGAAUUGCUGGACACUAGAAUUCUACUCUUGGUGGCUUAUUAUUCCAGCUGAGAUGCAUGGAGUCUUGGAUGUGCGAUUGGUUGAUGGACGGUUCCCAGCACUCAGCUACUCCUCUCUGGAACACGCUCAUGGACUCAUCCAGAGCCACGUCUCCCAGUGAUUGCAAAUGCAGACAAGUGGACACCAGGGGCUCAACAGCCACUGAAGAACCUGAGCUGGACUCUAUGCCCAUGUGACCAGCAGGUGUUUGCAUGGACACAGCAACUGAAGACAAGUGGAAACAAACCACUGUGUGCUUCAGCAUCCAGACACCCCAAGAGAAGACUGGGACACCCCAAGGGAAGACUGGGAUACGCCCCAGGGAAGACUUGGAGCCCAGACCUCGGCUCUGCUCUAUCCUUCCCUUCUUGGUGUGCAGUGGCUCCUGGAUACAGCAAAGGAAGAAGCCAAAAAUGGGCCCACAGCUCCUCACUCCCUUCUUCUAUGUCCUUCGUGAGCGAGGCUGGAAUUAUCAAUGGAAAUAUCAGGUCUUUGGAAAGUGCAGGUGACAUUUUCCAGCCCCCUUCCUGGAUCAGUAUCACCGGGGAAAAAUCUGUCACAGACACAGGUGUUAAAGAGCCUGGUGCUCCGAUGCCAGGGACCAGAGUCUGAGGUCAGUGCCCGCUCUCCGUGUACCUUCAGAGAAUUCCACCUUCCUGUCAGUGAGAUCCCGUCUCUUCUCAAGCAGCUUCCAUUUGGAAAGCACCAGCUGGUUUUUCUGUCUUUCACAGCAGCCUGGCUCUUUUCAUCUUAUCAAGCCUGACACACACUUCCAUGCUAGCCCGCAUCACAGGAGGAUCAUGAGCCCAGCUACCUCUAACAGUGAUGAGAACAUUUAAGGCACGCUUGCUAACGCUUCUUCAGUAUGAGGACACAGCACAAAGGCUGGCAGGUAGCUGACAAGAAGGAACAGUAAAAGGCACAGGGCUUAGAAAAGGAGCGUGUCCUUUGGCCUUUAGAGGGUUAAGACUGCGCUAUGUGCAGGACUUAGCAGGACUUGGUCACCAGGCCAUCUCCCAGCAUGCAAAUAGCCAUUCUAGGCAUAGCUGAGUAAGAUCCUACCACACUGCUUUGGUGCAAUGAUCAACCCUCACUGUCCUCUUGACUAGAUUUAGCAUCACUUAGGAGACCAUUGAGGCACACCCCUAGCUAGGUACGCUGUGGGCUUCUCCAAAGAGGAUCAGCUGACCAAGGAAGACCCAUUAUGAGCACAGUUUAAUGCAAACCCAUGAAGUGAACUGGGGGCCUAGAAAGGGAGAAGAAAAGAAAGCUGCCAGACUGGCAUGCAGGAGGUCUGCCUUGACCACACUUCCACAGCCAUGGUCUGAGCUGAAGGAGAGAAACCCUCUUGAGCCGUGAGCCAAGCGAGAUAGGGCCAUGUUCCUUAGGUUGUUUCUGUCAGGUAUGUGGAGACUACCAUGUUCAAGCACACACCUGAGUGUUGCUACACACACUUGAGCUCUGCUGUGGAGGAAGUUCUGGCUUGGCAAGCCAGCCAGGCUGCUUUGUUGACACAAAGACACCCCAGCUAAACGGAGGUGCUGAUUAUCAAACAGGGCCUGAAAUCCCAAAUCGCAAAUGCUGUGUGGGGAGGCAGUGGUACAAGACAGUCUCCCAAGGAUGCUCCAGAGGGUUCUGGCUUCAGGCACAGUUGAUUUCUGAUGCUUAAUGUCAGCAGCAUCCCCCCCCCAUCUUUUUCUCUUAUUUCCUACUGACCUUAUCCUUCCUUACCUGUCAUAGCGACUCCCUUUAAGUUAUGGGAAAGAACACUCACCAUGGCAGCUAGCUUCCAAUAGGAGGAAAUCUCUACUAUAGCAUCUAUUUCUCAUAUCUCAAGAGGCUGUUUUUAUACCUUCUGCUCUGGAGUAGUUCUUCAUAUACCCAGCCCUUGAGCCCAGGGUAGUAGGCAGGUUAACGCUGACUUGUGGUAUGUCAAGCUGAGGCCUCCCUUCUUUGGCCAUGAGUCUGCCUAAAGAUAUGUCAAGAUGGGGCUGGUCAUUUCUUAAUAUAAAGAGAGAUGAUGUGAGAGAUUUUAGGUCUCAAAAAUAGUGAUGUCUCUAACACAGAAUGAUGUCUUAGGGAAUACACUGUUUGAGAAAUGUGAAUUUUCUCCUGUUGAAUCUGGCUAUAUCUAGUUUAAUGUUAACACUAUAGUUCUUUUUACAGAGUUUCAACAAAAUGCCUGAGAAAAGCAGCUUAAGGUAAAGAGUUCGUUUUGUCUUGCUUAAGGAGGUUGCAGUCCACAGAUGCAGACCAUCAUGGUGCAGGACCUGGGGAGGCGGGCAGUUGUGUGGGGCAUCUGGUUACAGUAUGUCCAGACAAGAGGCAGAGGGUGCUCAACUCCCUUAUUUCUUUGUACUCGCUGGAGCCCCCAGUCCAAGGAAUGGUACUACCUGUUUGGGGUGGACCUACACAAUUAAACCCUGUAUAGUCAUAACCCAAGCUGUGUAUCCUAUGGGAGUCGAAAUUUAGUCAUUGUGGCAAUGAAGAUUAACUAUCAAUGUUAGGUCAAAACAUUUCUUUUGGCCAGGUGGUGGUGGCGCACACCCUUAAUCCCAGCAUUUGGGAGGCAGAGGCAGGUGGAUUUCUGAGUUCAAGGCCAGCCUGGUCUACAGAGUGAGUUCCAGGACAGCCUGGGCUACACAGAGAAACCCUGUCUCAAACAAACAAACAAACAAACAAACACAUUUCUUUUGUUAUUUGUUUGGUUUUGAGGUGGGGUUCAUAUAGCUCAGGCUAGCCAGGAGCUUGCUGUGUAGCUGAGGCCGACCUUGAACUCCUUAUUCCUAUGCCUCCGUCUUCCAAGUUUCAGAAUUAUAGGGGUGUGCCACCAACAAAAUCGUACAGAAGUGUCAGAAAUAAACUGUGGAAAUCAUAUAUGGAGAACCCUUCCUAUUUUGAUGCAGGCUUCAGAAAGCUCUCUGAAGAAUAUUAUAGCUAAAAAAUUAAGAGAGUGGAGAAGAUAGCAUAAACAUGACAGCUAGUGGUUAUCAAUCACUUACAAUUGAUCAAUUAUUGAUACCAAAAUGUGUCACCAGCACUUUGCCAACUUUCUGAGGUAAGUAUUGUCAGGCCUCACAUCUCACUGUGGGAAGCAGAGGCCAGGGGAUCCCUCAGCUGGCCUGGCUGAGCUUGUGAGCUCUGGCUGGGAGAGUCUCAAAAAGCAAGGUGGAGAGAGAUUGGUGUCUGCCUUCCACACACAUGUGCAUCUACCACCGCAGCUUCACUUACACACACAUUUGUACAUGCAGAUGAACAUGUACAUGCACAAAGUUUAAAAGGACAUACACUUUCCCUCACAGACGUGGGUAACAUGGAGCAACAUGUUACUAAGAGGACAUAGCAUCUCCUCAUGGGACGCAUGCCGACACUCUACAUCCCCGUGUAUUUCACCACCCCGGCACAAUGGUGGGGAAAUCUCUUUACAGAUCGCUGUGUUCCCUUAGCAUGAACAACUGUUUGUGUACAUAUAAAUUAAAUCUAUGCAAGCAAAAACCCAAGUCUUUCAGCUCAAAUAUAAGUGGAAAGAAAAAAAGAGAAAUUUAGAUUAAUAGACGCAGGCUUUAGCUAUAGUGUAUUAAAAAAAAAGAAAGAAAGAAAGAAAGAAAGAAAGAAAGAAAGAAAGAAAGAAAGAAAGAAAGAAAGAAAAGACUAGACUAGACAGUUCCUGGCUUCGGUGCCUAUAUACACCUCCAGGGCAUUAUUGCUGUUGAAGCUAUUGCUGUAGUUUUAGUUCCAGAAAAAAAUUGAGGAAAAUUAUGCCUUAUAAUACAUUGGAACUUUCAUGAUUAUGAGAUAAAUGAUAAAAUGUGUUGUGGGCUGGAACAUGGAAAUGCAGUGGUUCUUUAACUAAAAUCUGUGUUAUUUAAGGAAAAUAUUGAUGUUGCUUUCAUUCUUUACAUAUUCUGGCAGAUCCCCAAAGGAAGAGCUUUCUCCACAGCCUUCCUUCCACCCCUGAAGCCUCAGCUGCACCCUAUCUUCCUCCUAUCUCCCCUGCAGAUUCUCCUACUUCAGGCAAUUUGCCUGAUAAUUACCAUCCAAGGUGCAAUGCCCAACACCUUCAUCAGCCUCCUCCUCAGUACACAAACAUACUGAAAUAUCUUCCUGAAGGGUGGGGGAACAGUACCAGCUUAAAAGGAACAAAGAUUUAUUUUUGCUCACCAUGGUGUCAGAGGCAUCACCAUGCGCACUGGGCCUUGUCACUUUGGGUCUAUCCUGGCAAAGUCUACCAAGAACUUGAGGUAGGCAGAUGCAGUUUCCCACACAAUGAAAAGAGAGGAAUGGCAGGGUCCCAGUAUCUAUGCCAGGGGCAUGCCCCAGGGACACAGCUUCCUCCCACUAAGUCUCACUUCCUACAGGCUCCACCAUCUCCCAGCAGUGUCAAAUGUAAGACAAUGUCUUUGAUACAUGGACUUUUAAGGGACAUUUAAGAUUCAAUCCAUAAGCUCUGGAGAGAUGGAUGGCUCAGUGGUUAAGAGCACUGACUGCUCUUCUGAAGGUCCUGAGUUCAAAUCCCAACAACUAUGUGGUGGCUCACAACCAUCCAUAAUGAGACCUGAUAUCCUCUUCUGGGGUGUCUGAAGAUAGCUACAGUGUACAAAAUCUUAAAAAAAAAUUCAAGCCAUAACAAGAAAAGCUUUAUACUUGAGUGUGGUUCCAUUAGUCAUUGGCUAUUUUCCAUUUUGCCCCAUUUCUUUAGAAAGAGGUGGCUCCACAAAUUUAUUUGCUUUUAUUUCAUGUGCACGAGUGUUUUGCCUACAUGUAUGAAUGUGCACCAUGUGUGUGAAGUGCCCAUGGAUGCCUUCCCACAAGCUGGAGUUAAAAAUAGGUAUGAGAUGCCCAAUAUGGGUACUGCAAUUGAACUUAAGUUCUCUGCAAGAGCAGCCAGUGCUUUAACUUUUGAGCCAUCUCAACGAUCCUAGGGAUGUAUUGUUUAAUUUUUUGUCAACUUGACAUAGGCUAGGGUCAUCUGCGAAGAGGAAAGCUCAACUGAGAAAAUGCCUCUAUAGACUGGACUGGGGGUAAACCUAAGGGGCAUUUUCUUGAGUAAAUGAUUGCUGUAGAUGUGGCAGCUUACUGGGGAGUGGUACCUUCUCUGGGCAGGUGGUCCUGAGUUCUAUUUAAACAAACAGAGAAAGCUGAGUAACUCGUGAGGAGCAAGCCAAUAAGCAGCAUUCCUCUGAGGCUUCCAUUUCCUUCCUGGCCUGGCUCCCCACUGAUACAUUGUAGCAGUGAGUUGAUACAUUGUGAGUUGCAAGAUGAAGUAAACCCUUUCCUCCCCAUGCUGCUUUUAGCCAUGCUGAUUCACCAAGCCAUAGGCGCCCUAAGACAGUGACACUGACAGCAGGGUCCACAAACAAAUACUUGAUUUUUCUCUGCAGAUUUCUCCAUACUCCCUUAAAUCUGAGCCUUGAACUUACAACCUUCCUGCUGUCAUCCCUCGAGUAGCCAGGCCCAACUAGACCCAAGGGCCCAACUAGAAGCUGUGCUGUUAAUAUGGAUAAAGAGCUAAUUACAGGUCUGCGUGGUGGCUUACCUUGGACUGUUCAUGCUUUGUGUCUCAUACCAAGUUGACGAGAGGACAUGUGUCCAGUUUUCUAUGAAGGUAUUCUACUUCCUGUUGAGUGCCCUCGGCCUGAUGGUCUGCAUGCUGGCUGUGGCCUUUGCCGCCCACCACUACUCCCUGCUUGCGCAGUUUACCUGCGAGACCUCCCUGGAUUCUUGCCAGUGCAAGCUGCCUUCCUCGGAGCCGCUCAGCAGGGCCUUUGUUUACAGGGAUGUGACUGACUGUACCAGCGUCACUGGCACUUUCAAAUUGUUCUUAAUCAUCCAGAUGGUCCUAAACCUGGUCUGUGGCCUCGUGUGCUUGCUGGCUUGCUUUGUGAUGUGGAAACACAGGUACCAGGUCUUUUAUGUGGGUGUUGGGCUGCGCUCCCUGAUGGCUUCUGAUGGCCAGCUACCAAAGGCCUAACAGGUUGGCUCAGAGGGAGACAAGCUCAGAAACGGCACACCCACUGACUAGGCAAGGUGAAAAAAACCACAAUUUUGUAAAGGCAAACUUUUGACAACGAAUACUUUUUCAUUCUCUAAAUGUGUAUUUUUAGAUUUUUUUUUCAGAAAACAAAACAACUUGUUUUUUGGAUCUCUAUUGUACUUUUUAAAAACUUCUUGUGAGGACAGGGGUGGAGAGACGGCUUACAAGUGAAGAGGACUUGCUGCUCUUGCGGAGGACUCGGGUUCAAGCUCAGUUCCGGAGCCCAAGUUCAGUGGCUCACAGUUACCUGUACCUCCAGCUCCGGGGACAUUGGGAGCACACGCAUGCGCACACGCGUGAUUUAGAGAAUCUAACCUAUUUUUAAAGUUCUAAUGAGAAACAAGAUUCAAAUUGACUUGGUGAACACCGAAAGGAAAAGAACACCAGACAGGGAAGAGAUGACCUAGAGCCAGCGCUAGCUCUGGUGUUUAUCCCAGCCGCCCUUACAUCCUCACCCUCCUCCGCCUUCCCGUUAGUCCAGUGCGAUGGUGUGAACUGGCAUCACCCAUAGACUCUAGAGUCUUCCGGCUCCUCUACCACCUGCCAUUAUCCCCGUGGUGUCUUGGGAAAGGUCUAAGGAAAGCUGGAUCUCAGUUGAGUGCUUUUAUGUUUUCACAGUGGAGAUGUCUUCAAGGCAUGAAAUGGCUUUAAAAAAAAAAAACUAGUUGAACAGGAAGGCUGAGUGAUUCUGAACACCUGGGCUGGGGUGCAGACUUCCGGUUGCCUUAGCUCCGAUCCACGAGUGGGCUGCAGCCUCCGUGAGGUCUGAUUCACCAUAAUUGAAAGGUGGUGCUGUUGCAUUCUUAACGACGAGGAAAGUUUAAAAAUAAUUAUAUUAUGCCUCUAGUCUGUCAUCUAAAACAAAUCAUUAAGACUAAUUUCCAGCUAAUUGUUCAUUAUAAUUAUGCUCAGGAUUCUGUUUAAUGAGCUCUGGCUGUUCUUAGGCAGCACCGUUGGUGUUAGGAAAAAUUACAGCCACAAGGGAAGAUGGCUGAAGAUCCACUUUCCUGGAAAUCAUCCACUGCAAAAAAUGAUCUUGUAAAACAUUGAAACACUCUCAGAGGGGAAACAACCAAGAGCAUUUGUCACAGGAAAUGCUUAUAUUAACAACACAUUUGUGAUAUUGAAAAGUAUCUCCCAGGACCACCAAGUACCUUUGAUGGGAUUGGGUACUAAGUCCUGUCAUACACAUGGACUUCCUGGGAAAUCCUAGUAAUGAGGGCUUUUACAAUUGACCUAGAGACAGAAUGUCUCAAAGCCCUUGUUUGGGUGAUACGUCCACAGUUAGGGUAUUCAGUCUCAGUUUAGAGUUAAGACAUGGUACUUGGUUAAGACAGACUUUGCUAUGUAAUUGGGUAAAAUUCCACCAAAAGGAAUGGGGUGGUGGUGGCACAUGUCUUUAAUUCCGGCACUUGGGAAGUAGAGGCAGGUGUAUUUCUGUGAGUUGAAGGCUAGCCUGGUCUACAAAGAAAGUUCUAGGACAGCCAGAGCAGAGAGAGAAACCCUGUCUUGAAAAAAACAAAACUUAACAAACAAAAACAAGAAAAAAAAAGGGGGGGGGACUGCUUUCAGACAAAAUUGCAUGAAUGCCACAGUAAGCUUCCUGGUACUAACCUGGGAAACCUUUAGUGUUUGUUAAGAAUAACCAGCUCCGGGCUGUGGAGAUGGCUCAGUUAUCAAAGUCCUUGCCAUCCCAGUAAGAACCUGAUCCCAUGUAAAACAGCCAGGCACAGGUGUGUGCUUGUGAUCCUGGCAUUGCAGAGGCAGAGACAGGCAGAUCCCUGGGGCUCCUUCACCAGCCAUCUUUAGUGUAGUGAUUAACUUCAGGUCCAUGAUGAGAGAGUUUGUCUCAAGAAAAAAACCAACACUAAAAAUAACCCGGAGUGGAUAGCUGGCCCCUGGCCUUCCCAUGAAUGCACACACACAGUUAAGAGUAACCAAUCUCACGCUGACUUUCGAUAGUUUUCUAUAAAACAUGGUACAUGGUAGAGAAUCCAGGAUGUCACGGGCUGUCCUUUCAAAGUGACGCUGUUUUCACGCCUGUUACUGUGCACCCAGCCCUGCUGGAAGCACACACAGAAUGCCUUUGUCCAACAAACUCAACAGGUUUUUGUUUUUGUUUUUUAAAUGAGGAAAUUAAGAUUCCCCCACACAGUUAAGUUGCUCUAAGCUUUACAAACGUAUGCUUUACAAACAACUCACGGGGGGGGGGGGCAUUUUAAAGGGUAGAGCAAUUUUAGCCUGUGGGUUUCUUACUUUUCUAACACAACCAAGGCUUGGGGUGGUUCCAGCUUAUAAUAUUCUGUCUGCAUAAGAUGGGGAUUUUACUAUUAUGAUCAAAUUAUUAACUUCCCAAAGAGGAGGAGGCACUGUAAGUGAAGAGAAGGAGCAGAGCCGGGUGGCAGGACCCUGUGCUGGGAGCUUACGAUAUGCUGGUGUAGUAAGGGCUACGCUGCGUGAGUAACAAAUGACUUUGGGCCGGAUCUGAAAUAUUUUGACGUUAUGUUUUGCAAAUAUUGAAGCUUCAGUAAGGGCAGCAGAGAAGGAGCGGGCACACAGCUUCUCACUUAGCAAAAUGUCACACUUCAAAUCUGUCACAGAGCCAGGACGGAACGGUGACUGUGCCUUGUGCCUUCCAAACUGUAGAACGGAGAGGUUUGCAAAGCCCUUCCUCCCCCAGCCUCCUUCAGGAGAAUUAAAUGAAUCAAGACUUUUCAAAGAGGAGAAACGGCCAGGGCUUGGCAGUACUUGGAAUAGGAAUACGGCCACCUGGGUGUUCGGGCUGUAACUGAGCCCACUCAACGGGUCUGUGUCUUUAUGUGACCUUUGUGGCUCCGAGCUCCAUCCAAAUUGGUAUAGGCAGCAUCUUGGAGCCAUGCCUAAACCGUAGCUACUCCAAAGCCCUAGAAACUGUAGUCAAGUAACAGGCCUCACGCCCCGUCUUUGGAUUGAGAGCUCAGAUCUUCUCUUCUGAGUGCCUUCCAGUGUGUUCCUACAGCGACACUCCAUUCUAUAUGUUUUUCUAUUCACAUCCAAGACAUGAGGAUCUCUUGAUGCUCCCUCACUUCUGUGUGCAUUAUAUCUGGGGCAUAUUUAUGAAAUUGUAGUAGAGUCUUCAUUAAAGCCAUCAAAGGAUAUUAGGAGGGGCAACUAUAGAGGGGCCACUGAAAGAUGAUUAGAAAUAACCUUGAAAGCUGUCCACCAUUUGCAGUCAUGAACGGUGUCUUCAUAUUUCCUGGUGACUACCUCAGAACUGACACUGCGUGAUCACCUUUGUAUAAGUGUGCCGCAGAUAUAGCGGGUUCACCUUUGUAUAAGUGUGCCGCAGAUAUAGCGGGUUCACCUUUGUAUAAGUGUGCCGCAGAUAUAGCGGGUUUACUCUCGUUACCCCAGAAUGUGUUUUAAUGGUACAGUGCAAGUUCAGCCUCUCUGAUGGCCAGCUGCUUAGUGUGUAAGCCACUGAAAUGGAUUCGUGUCUUCUCAUUUUCUUGUCUCAAGUGAGCACUGCCCCUCUCAGAAUUAUGAGUCUGCAUAUGGUGCUGCAGCCGCCUUUCCUGGCCUUGAUCAAAUUGAGAGUAGACGAUGGAGUGUUUCUACACAUUUGAGGUGGUUAUUUUUAAAGGGUGUGUGUUUCCUUUAUCAAUAAACUUUUCAUAAUUCACAAAGA